CAACAAAACUCUGAUCUCUAAUGAGUGAAGAGGGGCCGGGGUGAGGAGAGGAACUCGCCUCUCGUCUUGCUCUGACGUCGCUGUCGCCACCGUCGUCUCGUCUCCUCUUCCCCGCUCUUCUUUCCGGGCUGCGAAGAGGAGGACUUGGUCAACAGCUGAUCUGCCGAAAACAAUCGCCCGCGAGGGAAGAAGACAGGGAAUGGGCGACGAUCGCUUCUCGCUGGGUGAGUCCAGGUGGUGGCCGCCGGGGUUCCGGUUCCACCCCACCGACGAGGAGCUUGUCCUCUACUACCUCAAGCGCAAGUUCUGCGGACGCCGCGUCAAGCUCCCCGUCAUCGGCGAAGUCGACGUCUACAAGUGGGAGCCCUGGGAACUCCCUGAGAAAUCAGUGUUGAAGAGUGGCGAUAAGCAGUGGUACUUCUUCAGCCCUAGGGAUAGGAAGUAUCCUAAUGGAUCGAGAUCCAAUCGGGCUACCGAGUUCGGUUACUGGAAGGUUACGGGGAAGGACCGGACCAUCUCUCAGAACUCCAAGGCCACGGGCAACAAGAAGACGCUCGUCUACUACCAUGGGCGCGCCCCCAAGGGGGAACGCACCGAUUGGGUGAUGCAUGAAUACACUUUGUUUGACCAGGUGCUAUUGAGCUACGACAAUGUGCAGGAUUCUUAUGCUCUCUAUAAGGUCUUCAUGAAGAGUGGACCUGGUCCUAAGAAUGGGGAGCAGUAUGGAGCGCCCUUUAGAGAAGAAGAGUGGGUUGAUGAAGCAGCAGACGAGAGCUUCAAGAGCCAGGACAACAUUGAAUUGUCAAGGAAUCAGGAAAACAUCGAAGCACCAAUUACUAAGCCUCUUCAUCAUCUUACCUCGUCUGGCGUGAUGCAUGAUGCUGGGAACACUCUUCCGAUAAACGAGCUAGAGGAUCUUUUGCUAAAAUUGCCUGAGGAGCAAGACAUGGUUGGCCAGUUCUCGGAACAUUCUGCAUAUAUUUCAGAGGUUGAUGUUGAAACAGAAGCUGGAAAGAAUAAUUUCAGCCCACCCUCAACUGAAACUACUACUUCUUUUGAGGACGAUAGCACUCGGUGUGAGUUGAGCAUUUUGGAGGCAAGCUUUCAAGUUGCAGAACCACAUUCUUGCUUCGUGCAGCCUGUUGAGAAUCCUGAGAUGACUUCAUUAACCUAUAACUCCCAUCAGAGUCCAGAGGAGACUCAUGGGGAGUUUCUUGAAAUCAAAGAUUUCAAUGAACCAGAAUCUGUCAUAUGGAGUGGGAACAAUUCAAGUAACGGAGACCAGACUGAUGGACCUGAUGGAUUUUAUGAUUCUUACGAUUAUUUCGACGACCCUUUGUCUUUCUAUAAUGAUUUUGAGCCUCUCGGCUUUCCAGCACGGAACUCAUAUCUUGAUAGCUUUGGUGAUGAUGGGGUGCUAAAUGAGUCCUAUCAUGUCUUGACUAAUCUUUGGGAACAUAAUCUGGUCUCUGGUUUCUCAAAUGCAGAUACAAAUCGGAUCUUCAUGGCAUCACCAGCGUCAGGUGUCCCAUAUGCUUCUGCAUCAUCCAAUAUCGAGAAAACUGAAGAGCAAGGCACUCAUGUUAGAGGCACCUCAGAAUCAUGGCUCAGUUCUGCACUCUCAAACUUGUUAGAUUCUGUACCAAGCAGUCCUGCACUAGCUUCAGAAAAUACCUUUAUCAACAGGGCACUUGAACGUGUUUCGAGUUUUAGAUCAGGGCAGGUUGGAGUUCACGGUCCAAACACCACUACAGGUGAACACGCUGCCACAUCUAGAAGAAGGGGAGACCACCGCAAUGGAGGGGUUCUUUUCAUUUCACUCCUGGUUGGGCUGGGUGCCGUGUUCUGGGUCUUGACUGUUGGGGCUACAAUAACAGUUUUCAAGGGUUUCCUGGCCAGGUUCAAUUCCCCUUGAGCAAAAAAACCAUUAUGAGCAAGCUUUGUUCCAUGUAACUCUGGGUUUCCAUAUCUUACUUUCCUUGAUGUUGAUUUGGAGUAUUGUACGUGUUCAUGUAUACUUGUAAAGGAAGGUUAAAUAUCAAGUUUCAAGUUAGGUA